GUAGGCCCCGCGAUUGUGUUCAUGCUUGAGCACCUGAAGAGAAACGGAUGCGACGUUGGACCGCAAAAUAUCGUCUGCGAGCCAUGUUCGACUGUCAGGGCGGGAGGGUUCUCACCGGAUGCAGGAGCUAUUACAAUAUGCCAGGAGCGCAUACUGCACAAGCAGCAUAUGGAGGAUACCAUCAUGCACGAGCUUGUUCACAUGUACGAUCAUUGCAAGUUCAAGGUCGACUGGAAAAACUUGCGGCAUCACGCGUGCAGCGAGAUUCGUGCCAACAGUCUUAGCGGUGACUGCAAGUUUACACGUGAGUUACGACGUGGAUUCCUGUCUAUCUCGAAGCAACAUCAGGCUUGUGUUCGCCGACGAGCGGUGAUGUCUGUCCGCGCCAACCCCGCGUGUCCAGACGAUGAGACUGCGGAGCGAGCUGUGAACGAGGUCUGGGAGAGCUGCUUCAACGACACUCGGCCGUUUGACGAGAUUUUCUAGACGUACAGAAUGUACAUAGAUGCAUCUAGCGUGUUCGGACUAGCAUGCAGAGAAUACCAAGUGCUGCCGAUGUUGUGUAUUUG